AUGGCGUCAGUGCAACGCCGCCGCGAGUCGCAAGAUGAAAGAGACGAGUCGCGCGCCCCUGCGACGGACAAGGGGAAGCGCGAAGGAGGAGCGCCGGCGCCGGAAGGUGGAGGGACGGCGGGCGGUGAGCAAGGGCAGGGAGGGACGGCGACGCAUGAAGGCAGUGUGCAGGCGAGUGGAGUGGUGAACGCGGACAAGAGCGCGCAAGGUGGGGAGGCGAAACAGACAGCAACGACUGAUGCUGCUGCUGCGGGUGGUUCUGCUGGCAAAUCAGGCGAUGGUGAUGGUGAAGGCAGGACAGGCGGCAAGGAGGGGGAGGGGCAAGGAGGUGUGGAAUCGGAAGGGAUGGUGAGUGGUGUUCGGGGAGAGGGGGAGAGAGUGCAGGAGGGCGUUGAGGUGAAGCAGGGUGGUGGGAAGGCAGAGAAGGCUGCAGGUGGGGGUGAGACCGAAGGUGGUGGCGGCUCUGUUGUUGAGCAGGAGGGGGAAACAGAGGAGAAAGGCAAGCAAGGAGGGGGAGAGGAUGUGAAGGGCAGUGUGCUGCCUCCCACUCACGUUGAGGGUCCUUCCCCUGCGACUGCCCCUGCAUACUGCGCACAGCGUGUGGCUGCAGGCACCCAGCUCACCCCUGCUGAGCCCACGAUUCCCCACUCCGCUCACAGCAGCAGCCUCUAUCCCCUUGCUGCUGCCACCAACCCCUUCGCCAUGCAGCUUCCCUCCGUAGCACCCACCGCCCUGCCUCCUUCUUCUGCCCCACCCGCUGCUGCCGCCGCGCCACCUGCCUUGGUGGCAGCACCAGCAUGUGCAUUCCAUGGCAUGUCAGCUGCACCCCACGGCAUCCCCCCUGGUGGUUCGCGCAUGCGCAUUGCGGGAGGCAUGGCGCGCACCGGAGGGGCGUUGAGUGUGGGGCCUGCAGAUGUGAUCCCAGUGCAGCCCAGCGUGGGUGUGCACGGCAGCAUGGCAGGUACAGGGGUGCAUGCCCAGGCGGCUGCUGAGGAAGCUGCACGUGUGCCACACUCGAAUCCGGAAGAGCAUAGUGGGCUUGCACCCAUGGAUGUGGAGGAGGGGAAGACGGCUGCAGCGCUGGGGGGAGGGUCCAGCCAUGCGGGCGCAGCGGCCGCCGCGUCGCACAGCGGCGUCCCGGUGGUGAGCCUGGUGUCGGUGCUGGCGGGGGGCGGCACGGACGUGGCGGCGCUGACGCUGUUCGUGGGGCUGCUGUGCGCGUGCAUCGUGGUGGGGCACGUGCUGGAGGGCGUGCGGUGGAUCAACGACGCCGUCACCGCCAUCCUCUUCGUCAGUGCCCACCUCCCUCCCGGUCCGCGCAACCACAGUGCGCGCAAUGCAUCCCCGCCUCUCCCUUUCCCUCGUCUCCCUGCUCCGUUUCAAUGCCUCCGUUCGCCACUUUCGCGCCUUUCGCUCGUUUCGCCCCUUUCGCGCCUUUCGCUCGUUUCGCCCCUUUUGCGCCUUUCGCUCGUUUCGCCCCUUUCGCUCCUUUCGCUCGUUUCGCCCACUUUCGCGACGUCGCCCUUUACGCUUCGUCACGAGCAUCCAGUCGUCUCCGCGUUGCGCAUCGUCCCCCCCUGCUUCCCCCUCCCAUAUCCAUCCGCGCCAGGGCCUGGCGUCGGGCGCGGUGGUGUUGUUCGUGCGGGGCGGCGCGAGUUCGAUGAUUCUGCGGUUCGACGAGGACCUGUUCUUCAUCUACCUGCUGCCUCCCAUCAUCUUCAACGCCGGCCCAUCGUCCCUUCAACUGCUCUCUGCCAGUGCAUGCUGCGCACCUGCCGAUUCUUCAUGGCUCGCGCUUGUCAUCUCCCCCUCAUGCUCUCCUUUGUCCCUGCUUCCACCCCUCCCCUUCUCCUUCAACUCCUACCUCUCUUGCCUCCCUCGCUGGGAGUGAUCUUCUCCGCCACUGACUCUGUCUCCGUGCUGCAGUGCCCUCCUGAGUGCCCUCCUGAGUGCCCUCCACUCCCGUACCCCCUGCUCCCUGCGCGCAUGCGCGCUAUACUCUAUACCCUGCGCGCACGCUCACAGGUGUUGGACCAGGAGGAGCAGCCGUUGGUGUACAGUCUGGUGUUCGGCGAGGGAGUGGUGAACGACGCCACGUCCAUUGUGCUCUUCCGCGCCGUGCAGCAGCUCGCCCUCUCGCCCGCCGCGCACGCGCUCUCCCUCGCCACGCUGCUCAACGUGCUCUCUGACUUCCUCUACCUCUUCACCGCCUCUACGCUGCUUGGCGUUGCGCUAGGACUGCUGUCUGCAUACGUCAUGAAGACGCUCUACUUCUCCAGAUAUCUCCUCGCGUGCCUCACUCUUUCCAUCCUCACCACACCAAUCAUCUCAGCCACUCAGCACCCCACUCCUCCCCUCCACUUCCCAUCCCCGCACAUCUCCCCAUGCCCAAACCCCCCGCUCCCCUCCCCGGUGCCCUGUGGCACGGGCAGUCAUGCGACGGACCGGGAGAUAGCGCUGAUGGCGCUGAUGGCAUACGCGUCGUACAUCCUGGCGGAGGUGCUGCGGCUGAGCGGCAUCCUGUCCGUGUUCUUCGCGGGCAUCGUCAUGAGCCACUACACCUGGCACAACGUCACUGAGAGCUCCCGCGUCACCACCAAGCAUGCGUUUGCAACGAUGUCGUUCAUAGCGGAGACGGUGAUCUUCAUGUACGUGGGCAUGGACGCCCUGGACUCGGAGAAGUGGACCAGCGUCAACGUCAGGGACACGUUUGUGCUGUUCACGCUGCUGCUGGGGCUGGUGCUGGCGGGGCGGGCAGCGUUUGUGUUCCCGCUCUCCGCCCUGCUCAACCUGCAGCGCAAAAACUCACGCGCUCUGCGCACCCCCCAUCAGGUGCGCGCCCUGGGGAGGCGCGGGGGAAGAUGGGGGGUUGGGUUUUCAGAGGAGGGAGAGGCCACGGCAGCCAUGCUAAUCGCCUCCACCAUAGCGCUCGUUCUCUUCUCUACUCUCGUGUUUGGGCUGCUCACGAGUCCACUCAUCGACUACUUCCUGCCCUUCACUCUCCACCACAGUGCCAGCAACUACAGCGAGGGCCCCUCCUCACCCAAGUACCUUCCCCCACAUCCCAUCUCUCCAGCCUCUACCACUCUCUUCCUCGCUGCCUCGCCCUCCCUCCCCCCCUCUCGCUCGCGCCCCUUCUCUUCCUCCACACCCGUCACCUCCGUGUCCUCUGCGCCCUCUUUGCCCGUCGCACCCUCUGCCCCCGACGCCGCACCGGCCGUGCCCUCUGCCCCGGUGCGCGCCACGCCCCCGCGGCCGCGGCUGCUGUACCCGCAUGGGGCGGCGGGGCACGUGGAGGGCGACAUGGUGGUGUGUUUACCCGCAUCCUCCAUGGCGGGUCUCCCCAUGCCCGAUGCCCGCCUCGCCUCGCGCAUCCUCAGCGCCCACGAGCGCGACCUGCAUGACCUGUGGCGAUGGUUAGACGACACGUAUAUGCGCCCGCUGUUUGGUGGUCGUGGGUACGUGCCGCCUGCCGCUCGCUCCUCGUCCUUCUCGCUCCCCCGGAGUAGCAGCGGGCUGGCGGGUGCUGCUGCUCGCAUGCUGCUGCAGGGGGGCGGCGGGGGCAGCAUGUUUGAACGGCUGGAUGCGAGGGCAGCGGUGGGGAGGGAGGAGGAAGGGGAGGUGAGGGAGGGCGAGGGGGAGGAGGGAGAUGGGUUGGGGCGGGGGAGUCGGCGGACGAGCUUCGUGCGGUUUGCAGAUGAGAUAGGCGAGGAGAGGAGGGAGGGGAGAGGGCGGUUGGAGGAGGAAGGGGACGCGGUUGAGGGGGAGUGCCUGGCGGAAGAUGAUGUGGCGUGGCCUCACAAGAUGGGCCACAACCUGCCCCACCACCCCCACCAGCUGCACCACCACCACCACCACCAUCACCAGCAUCAGCAGCAGCACCACCAGGGGAACCAGCAGCAGCAGCAUGAGGGGCAGAGGCAUGGCGGCGAAUGGGAGGGAGAAGGAGAAGCUCCAUGGCGUAUUGGUGAGGAGCACACCUAG